AUGAGUACUUUCAACGCUGAAACCGCUGAUAAUUUGGAAGAUAUCGAGAAGCAAUUUGCUGUCGUUGCUGUUGAACAAGCCGAGACUUACUGGAGUCUACUAACCAAGGUUAAGGGCUCUAAAUUACGUUUGACCCAAUACGAUGAUGAGAUUUACGACGCUUUCAUGGAAAUGUUUCCUGAAUACCAGGAUAUUGAAAAGUUGAAGAAAUUUAAUGAGAAUGACUUGAAGACAAAGCAGGCCAAGGAAGACUGGAGAAAAUUCUGUGCACUCUUUGAAAAGAAAAUUGAGGAUUAUAACUUUGGUACCUUGCUGAGAACCGAUUCUAGUGCCGAAUACGGACAAUAUUCCACCUGUUUUGUGGUCAGAAUCCAAUUUUAUGCAUUCGAGGUUGCUAGAAAUAGACACGGUUUGAACGAUUGGGCUGUCGGCAAGUAA